AUGAUCCCCAGACUCAUCAAACGCGAAUGGGCCAUGUCCCCCCCGGACGACGACGCGCAGCAAGACGCCCUCACCAUGUGCGUACGAAGCUUCGGUAUUCCACCCGGCGGCUUCGAGACACCUUGGGUCCAAAGUGACGGGCGCACAGCUCUGGUAAGCGACGCACCACCACCGACAAAUCGUCGCCUUCUCAUGGGCAACCGCAACAGCAUCACCGCCUGCAAGAUGAGCGAGCACAACGGCAGAGAUCUGCUCGUCUCGUAUUCGUCUGGCCACAUCUACCGCUUUGAUAUUUACGACGAGCCAGGCGUGUUGCAGGCCAAUUUGGAGAAUGUGCGCUUUUCGUCGGAGCAAGAAGGACGGUCGCGCUCGCCUGAGGAGGGCGCUGCGUCGGGAUCACGGAAGGAAAAGGCAGUAGAGGACGACAAUACGGAUCUGGAAAGGGGUCAAACAGAUUCCCAGCGCGCAGGUGACGUAGUCGAGAUGACGGAUCAGGACACGAACGAGUCUGGUGGAUUCGAUUCCGACGAUGACGAUUCCAACGCAAUUGAUGACGAUGAUGAAGACGAUGCCGAAGACGAUGAUGCCGAAGACGACGAUGCUGAUGAAAACGACGACGACAACGACGACGACGACGAAGGCUCCGUCUCAGACGAAGACCUGAUGCAACUCCUAUCCGAAGACUCGCAACAGCAUCUCGGCUUCAGCCCGACCCACAACGUGCCCACUGUCUACCCGCGCUCCGUCUACAAGGGCCAGUGCAACAAGGAAACCGUCAAAGACGUCGGCUUUGCGGGUGGUACCGACGCGUACGUCAUCUCCGGUUCGGACGACGGAAACUGGUUUCGGUGGGACAAGCACACCACGUCGAUCCGCGGCAUCUGGCACGGCGAUCCGAGCGUGGUCAACGUCAUGGCGAUGCAUCCCAUCUUACCGGUGUUUGCGAUCUCGGGCAUCGACGACAGCAUUAAGAUCUUUGCACCCAUCACGGUGACGCCCUUCCCUCCCAUCGAGCAAGACAGCGCCAGCGAGGACGGCGGGAAGAAGAGGAAGCAUGCGCAGGCAGAUGCGCUGCAGAGCAUCCGGGCGUUCAAAGUGGCCGAUCGGCUCGCGGACAAGGAGGUCAUCUGUAGGAGGAACGAACAGCAUCUUGGACGCGAUCUUGUCACUCCUGCGGCGAAUAUCCUCUGGCGUCUGCACCCAAGACUGCUCGGGUUGGAACUGGACGAAGAUGCGGAGCGCCAGAUCGAGGGGGAUUGCAUUGUGAUGUAA